CAAACGGGACGACAUCGUGGCGAGGUGGAUCCCAAAGCACGUGUCCCUCGGUGAAAUUUCUGCUGUAUUUUCUCCUCACAGGUGUUUAAAAGAGAGGAAAUAUGGAUUAUAUUACGCCCGGAGCACCGACUGUUGGUGUGAUCCUGUGUUGUGAUUGUGGUGCGGCAAUCCAGCCCAACCCAACCAACAGAUGCAUAGCCUGCCUGCGAGCGCGCAAUGACAUCUCAGAGGGUAUCCCCAAGCAGGGAAACCUCCACUUCUGCAAAGGGUGUGAGCGAUACCUGGAACCCCCUUCAACAUGGGUGUUUGCUCCCCUCGAGUCAAAGGAGCUCCUGCGACUCUGUCUCAAGAAGCUCAAAGGACUCAAUAAAGUGCGUCUUGUAGAUGCGGGGUUUGCGUGGACUGAACCUCAUUCAAAGAGAAUAAAGGUCAAAUUGAGUGUGCAGAAGGAAAUUCAAGAAGGAGCGGUUCUGCAGCAAGAUUUCAUCGUAGAAUUCUUGGUUACGGGGCAGAUGUGCGAUGACUGCCACAGAGUUGAAGCUAAGGAUUACUGGCAGGCUGUGGUCCAGGUGAGGCAAAAAACAGACCACAAAAGAACAUUCUACUAUCUGGAACAGCUGAUUCUAAAGCACAGAGCCCAUGAAAAGACCCUUGGCAUCAAGCCUGUACAUGAGGGUCUAGAUUUCUUCUUCUCCUUCGAACCUUAUGCCAGGAAGCUGCUAGACUUCUUUUCGUCUGUGGUUCCAUGCCGUUGGACACAGUCAAAGAAGCUUAUCUCCCAUGACAUCCAUUCCAAUACGUACAAUUACAAACACACAUUCAGUGUCGAGAUUGUACCAGUUUGUAAAGAUAGUGUGGUGUGCCUGUCUCCCAAAUUGGCGCACCAGCUAGGAGGGAUUGGACAGAUUUGCAUAGUACAUCGUAUUACAAAUGUUAUAUGUCUAAUAGACCCAAAUACUGCCCAGAUUGCUGAACUGAACAGCAGCACAUACUGGAAAGCUCCAUUCAAGGCUCUCUGCACAUCUAAGAAGCUGAUCGAAUUCAUUGUGAUGGACAUUUCUGAGGCCCAGGUGAAGCGAUUCAAAGGCCAAGGACACAUCUCUUCAAAACAUCAGGUAGGUGAGGUCUGGGUGCAGCGGGAGAGUGAGCUGGGGACCGAUAAUAUGCUCUUCUGUCGAACUCAUCUUGGUCACCUUCUCCAUCCUGGGGACGCAGUCUUAGGAUUUGACAUGUCUACAUCUAAUGUCAACGAUGACAAUAUAGACAAAAUGAAUACGGAUCAUGUGCCUGAUGUUGUACUGGUCAAGAAAGUGUAUGCUGACAAGGCCACCCGCAAUCGUAGACGUCGUUUCAAGUUGCGGCAUCUUGGUCUGGAUGAUGAAACUAGCAGUCAAAAUAAGGAUUAUAUUGACUUCCUGGAAGACCUGGAGGAAGAUCAGCAGCUGCGCCACAACGUCAACAUCUACCGCGAUACUGACAAACUCCAGAACACAGACACAGAGAGCGAAGCUGGUGAGGUGCCCAGGAUCAGCCUUGAGGAGAUGCUGGAUGACCUGCAGAUUGACAUGGAGGCGGCAGGAGGGAAUGAUGAUGAUGAGGGGGAGGAGAUGGAUGAGUGAGCAGUGACAUAAAUGUAGAAUUAAUAAAUAUGGGAGGUGAUGGAAGAGUAGGUGAAUGAUUGAUAACAUGAGAAAAAUUAUACAUACAAAGGAAUACCUCAAAAGAAUUAAGAAGAGGAGAUGGUUGAGUGAGUGAUAAUGACCAUAAAUGAAGGCAAUACAAUGGGAAGUACUCAGUUGAAAUGUCUAGCAAGGAGUGAUACCCAUAAUUUUGAGGACAGGGUAAGGAAGGAGAUGAAAUAACGAUGAAUGGAUUGGAUAGCUGGUAAAACUGAUGACUGAAAAGGUGAUAAUGGAAACGUUGAAAGGGUGGAGAAACAAAUGAGCUAGAUUAUGAGCUUUGGUAAUAUGUCCAGAAAAAACUAUUUUAGUGUAUUGUGUACAGAAUUUUGGUGAAUAUUGUGGUAAGUUUUUGUGCAAAGAGAUGUCUUGUCUUGUAAGAAUGGCAAAAGUACAAGAUAGAUUGUAGAGUUAAGUAAAUGAAAACUGAAUCCUAUCACAACUAGUGUCCUAUAAUACAGUUAAUAUGUUUAAUUUUUGUUGUGUAGUGAAUUAAGAUUUAUUUAUAAAGUUGGUUGGGGCCAGGUAAUGGUCAUCCAAGGUUGCUUU